AACACAGUCAAAAAUAAAUAAAAUGGUUUCCGCCCUUGACGCCCUUAAGCAGACCGGUACCGUCGUCGUCGCCGACUCCGGUGACUUCAACACCAUCGCCGAGUACAAGCCCCAAGAUGCCACCACCAACCCUUCCCUCAUCCUCGCCGCCGCCAAAUCCGACGCUUACGCUCCCCUCGUCAACGCCGCCGUCGAGUACGGCAAGAAGCACGACGGUUCCCUCGAGGACAAGGUCGAGGCCACCCUCGACCGCCUCCUCGUCGAGUUCGGUAAGGAGAUCUUGAAGAUCGUUCCCGGCCGUGUCUCCACCGAGGUCGACGCCUCCCUUUCCUUCGACAAGCAGGCCACCAUCAACAAGGCCUUGCACUUGAUCAACCUCUACAAGGAGGCGGGUAUCGACAAGGACCGUAUCUUGAUCAAGAUCGCUUCCACCUGGGAGGGUAUCCAGGCCGCUCGCGAGCUCGAGUCUAAGCACGAUAUCCACUGUAACCUCACCCUCCUCUUCGCCCAGGUCCAGGCCAUCGCUUGUGCCGAGGCUGGUAUCACCCUUAUCUCCCCCUUCGUCGGCCGUAUCCUCGACUACUACGUGGCCAAGAACGGUGGCAAGAAGUACGAGUCCCACGAGGACCCCGGAGUCUUGUCCGUCACCAAGAUUUUCAACUACUACAAGCAGCACGGAUACAAGACCAUCGUCAUGGGUGCAUCUUUCCGUAACAUCGGUGAGAUCAAGGAGUUGGCUGGAUGUGAUUACCUCACUAUCUCUCCUUCCCUUCUUAAGGAGUUGGCUGCUUCUGAGGAGCCUGUGGAGCAGAAGUUGAAGUCUGAGGAGGCUGCUAACGACAAGAUGGAGAAGGUCUCUUUCGUCGAUGACGAGGCCAAAUUCAGAUUCGAGUUCAACGAGGAUGAGAUGGCUGUUUCCAAGUUGUCUGAGGGUAUCAGGAAGUUCGCUGCUGAUGCUAUUGUCCUUAAGGACUUGCUUAAGGCUAAGCUCCAGUAA